AGACAGAACAAUGGCAUCAAUGCUACCAUACUAACAAACUGGUUUGGCAAACAGACGAAUGUCUCAUUCUAAAACCAAAAUAAAUGAAUUAAUUUUGAAAUUUUGCAAAAUUUGGUUAGUUAAGUGCAUACUCGUCUUUAUCUAUGGUUAAGUGCAUAGAGUGAAAAGUUUUAAAAUGCCGACAGUAAUUUUGCUUGAUCUGUCCCUCUCCAUGACUCGUCCUGUUAUACUUGGGGAUGGCACGGAAACAACUAGGAAGCAGUUAGCUGUAAAUGGAAUCAAUGCAUUUUUGGAUCAUUUAGGUAUUCAUUCUAAAUUGGAGUUUAUUGCUUUGAUGGCAUUUUCAUCGCUUUAUGAGGAAAGGUGUCCAUUCACUAGAGAUUACAGUGUUAUAAAAGAAGAGCUAAAAAACAUUGAUGAUUAUGACAAAACCUGUAUAGAAAACGCUCUGAAUGGAGUUGGCCACAUGAUACUUGGCGAAUGGGGAAAUAAUACAGCUUGUCAGGUAGUAUUAAUUACAGAUGGAAGUACUGGUGUGGGUUCUAUGUCUUUGAAAGAGUCUCUAGCAACAAUGAACCAAAGAAGCAAUACAAUACCCAGACCCUUUCCAUUGCCGUUUCCAUUCCCUGUAAAGCUGCACAUUGUCUGUAUUGCAGGAGCCAAUGAGGCGAAUGUAGUAAAAUCAAAGCCACUAUUUCAAAAAUUGAUCGAUGUCAGCGGAUCUGAAGGUUCCAUUCAAAUUCCUGAAAAUCUGCAGCAUGAGGCCAAUGUGACCACUCUUUUCCAAAAGUUGGCUGACGACAUGUACACGUCCUUUAGAGGUAUACUAAAAUGUGGCAACUUGGCGUCACGAAUAAUACUGUCUCCAGCACCAAUUGGGUAUACCCAUGUAACCGAUUUCAGUGUAAGACCAUAUCAUAUAUCGGAUGUAUUAGACGUGUACGGUUUUGUCCCAGUGGCUGAUAUCGGCUCUCCAAUGGCCAUAAGCCGUCAUCUCAUUCUGCCCACUAAUUCCUCACGAACAUCGGUAGCAAAUCCGAAUGAGGCUGAUAUUACUGAUGAUAAUUCGGCGGACGAAACGACUACUCCGUCAUUUUGUGUGUUGCUACACGGAGCUUUAAAAGUUGAAAAUAUGGCUGCAUUGGUUACUGUUGGGCUCAACUGGUUUGGCUUCAUCUAUUCGUGGGCGGAUUCCAAAAAAAAGAGCAAUUUAAUGAUUACCAUAUUACCACCCGGAUCCGAUGUAAUACCUUGGCUCGGAGAUUUAAACGAUCUGGGAACUGCAGACAUGUUUUCCCCAGAUCAAGUGGGCAGUUUUCCAAUAAGACCGUCUGAAAAGAGAAGUUACUCGCAGAAUGGGGUCGUGUGGAUUAGACAAGCAGGAUUGCAAUCUGAUAUUCAGAAAAUCUUGCGCCAUGCCAGAAAACUCCCAGACAAGACUCAACAGUUUUACAAAGAAUUGAACAGGUUACGAAAAGCUGCUGUUACCUUAGGUUUUCAUGAGUUAUUAAUUGGUUUGGCAUUCAUUUUUGAGCAAGAAUGUAUGCAGUUGCCCGGAACGGCUCACCCAGACUGUGCCCUACAAUUGCAUCACGCUGCAGAUAUGUUGCGAAAAACACAAAAGAUGGACGUUAAAUAUGUAUUGAUGCCCCUACAAACUACGUAUAAUACAUGAUAGUUUGGGAAUAGUUCGGAAAAGAAGAUGCCUUAUGAUAGACAUGUUUUUUAAUGUAAAAUGUAAUUGUACAUUUUUCAUCUUAUUUGUGGACGUUUGAGAAAUGUUAACUUACACCCCUCAGAGUUGCUGUUUUGUUACCUGUAUCAUGUCUGAAAUUAUUGAAAAUUGUUAGUUUUUAAUGGUCCGAUGGUUUCUGUUAAUAAGUAAUAGUUCGGCAAUUUUUUUUGUAUACCUGAAUUUCAAAAUGUUAUUAGCAAUUUUAUCAUUUUAAUUUUACCUACUUAAUAUUUACAGAUARGGAAAAGUAARCAUAGACAAAGAACUAUGGAUAGAUAUUAAAAUAGUACAAGCAAUAKAAAGACAUUAUGUUUGCGMUGUGUGUAUGAAAGUUGAGCGUGCGGAAUGGUUUGCUUYRUCUUUAUGCUUYUAGCCUCAGCGCAGAUUUGUUGUUUUUUAUUUUGGUCGCGCUGCUUUAUCGCAAGACUUGCUGCGCAGUUUAUACCCCCUCAUCAUAUAAUCAAUCAGUAUUGUUAAGUAAGAGAUGGAAGUAUGUAUCGUGCAGAUUAAUGCGUCAUUUUUCAAAUAAAAAARAACAAAAACAUGAYAAUGUUUAAUAGCAAACUAAGUAAUUUUAAAAGCUCCAAAGGCAACAAUUACAAUCAWCAAUAAAAAGUUUGUUUUAAUAAA